UCAACUCAUUCUCCUCGUCCAGUUCUUUUUCUAUCUUCAUAUUCUCCUCUUGUUAUUUUCUUUCAGGCCAAGAUUUUGUACUACAUUCCCUUCGUAAUGAAUCUCAUGGUAUAGAAAGUUGAGAAACACAGGCAAACGGAAACAUGGAUUUCGGGUCAUUCUCAUCAAGCGUAGAAGAUUCAGCAGAAUUUGAUAAAGAUCUCACUCUUAGUGAAAAACUUAAAGUCUUCAAACCAUCAAAUUUCGAUCCAGAGGGCUAUGUCACCUCCAGAUGCCGUCGGAUGGGUGAAAAGGAAAUUAGGCAUUUGUGCAUUUACCUAGUCGAUUUGAGGAAGGCUUCAGCUGAAGAGAUGCGGAAAAGUGUUUAUUCUAACUAUGCAGCAUUCAUUCGCACCUCGAGGGAGAUUUCUGAUCUUGAAGGACAGCUUCUCUCCUUAAGGAAUCUCCUCUCAACCCGAGCAAAUCUUGUUCAUGGUUUAGCUGAUGGAGUUGGCAUACAUUCUCUGUCAGAUGGCCCCGAAGGUUCCAAAGCUGAGGACGUUGUAGGAUUGGACCAGGGACCUUCAAAAUUCGAAAAUUGGUUAGCUCAAUUUUUGGAGACUCUUGAAGUUUUACUGGCUGAAAGAAGGGUUGACGAAGCUUUGGCUGCCUUGGAAGAAGGGGAAAAAAUGGCAGAGGAGGCCGAGAAACAAAAAAGUUUAACUCCAUCGGCAUUGUUAUUAUCACUGCAGGCAGCUAUUAUGGAGAAGAGAAAAAAGUUGGCAGAUCAAUUAGCAGAAGCUGCUUGCCAAUCUUCAAUCACCAUUGUUGAGCUUCGCUCGUCUGUACAAGCUCUUAAACGACUUGGGGAUGGCCCACGAGCUCACACACUACUUCUGAAAACUCACUAUCAGAAGCUGCAGAGUAAUAUGCAGAGUCUCCGGCCAUCAGGAUCUUUGGAAGGAGUAGCAUAUACUGCUGCACUUUCCCAGCUUGUUUUCUCAACCAUUGCACAGGCAGCAAGUGAUUCGUUGGCUAUAUUCAAUGAAGAGCCUGCAUAUGUAUCUGAACUUGUUACUUGGGCUGUCAAGCAGACAGAGAAUUUUGCACUGCUUGUGAAGAGACAUGUUCUAGAUUUACCAGCAGCUUCAGGGGGACUCAGACCUGUUGCUGAGUCGGUUCACAUAUGCUUUGGUCACUGCUCUUUGCUAGAAGCUCGUGGAUUGGCCCUUUCUCCAGUUCUCUUGAAAAUCUUUAGGCCUUGUGUCGAGCGGGCACUGAAUGCAAACUUGAAAAGAAUUGAACAGAGCACUGCUGCGCUUGCUGCUGCAGACGAUUGGUCACUCAAUUAUCCCCCUGUUGGUUCACGCGCUUUUGGUACCACGUCCAUUGGCACUGCAUUAUCAUCCCAACCAAGGCUCUCAUGCAGCGCUCACAAGUUUAAUUCCAUGGUUCAGGAACUUUGCGAGGAUGUCAGUCCCCUUGAGAGCUUGCAGUUGUCUGAUGCAGCUUUAGAAGGUGUUAUACAAGCUUUUAACGCAUAUGUGAACUUAAUGAUAAAUGCAUUGCCCGGUUCAACAGAGACUGAGAACCUGGAGGAGACUGGACAUAAAAUUGUCAGGAUGGCAGAAACCGAAACCCAACAAAUUGCCUUGCUAGCCAAUGCACUAAUGCUGGCAGACGAGCUUCUUCCACGUGCAACCAUUAAGCUCUCAUCGUCACAGCAGAUUUAUAGAAUGGAUGAACAGUCUCGAAGGACUUCAGAUAAACAGAACCGUCUUCCAGAGCAAAGGGAACUUAAGCGCCGGCUCCAGCGCAUGGUUGAUCAAUUACGAGAUACCUUUUGCAGGCAACAUGCCCUUGAGCUUAUCUUCAAUGAAGAUGGUGGCGUUCGUUUGGGUGCAGAUAUGUACUUAAUCAUGGAUGGAAAUGCUGAUGAGCCAGAAUGGUUUCCCUCACCAAUAUAUCAGGAAUUGUUUCAGAAGUUAACAUACAUUGCGAGCAUCGCUUCAGAUAUGUUUGUGGGAAGAGAAAGAUUUGCUACUAUUCUGUUGAUGAGACUCACAGAGACAAUCAUCCUAUGGCUUUCUGAUGAUCAAAUCUUCUGGGAAGAAAUUGAGAACGGGCCAAGGCCUCUGGGUCCUUUUGGGCUUCAACAGUUUUAUUUGGAUAUGGAGUUUGUGAUACUCUUCGCAUCACAAGGGCGGUACCUAUCCCGAAAUUUGCAUCAAGUUAUCAAAAACAUCAUUGCUAGAGCUAUUGAAGCAGUUGCUGCAAGUAACAUGGAUCCUUAUAGUAUGUUGCCAGAGGAUGACUGGUUUGCUGAAGUAGCUCAAAUUGCAAUAAAGAUGUUGACCGGGAAAGCCAACUUUGGGAGCUUGGAGAGAGAGACUGGCAGUCCAACCGCAUCCAUUUCUGCAAGAUCUGCUUCAUCUGUCCACUCCCAUGGAAGUACCUAGCAUUGAUAAUUGUUGUUAUGCUAUGCCUCCAUAUUUCAUAUUACCAUGCAAAUUCUCCACCCCACUCUGUAACCCUCAGCAAGGUUGCUUCUUCUUAUUAACUUUUCUUCUUUUUG